GCCGUGGAUGAUAGCCUCGUCGAUCGGAUGGUCAUCGAGAGGUUGCUCAAGAUCUCCUCCUGUAAAGUGACGGCUGUGGAGAGUGGGAGAAGUGCUCUGCAGUAUCUGGGUCUUGAAGGCCAAACCAAUUCUGUCCACUUCAAUGGUUUGGAGGUGAAUCUCAUCAUCACUGACUACUCCAUGCCCGAAAUGACAGGUUAUGAACUUCUCAAGAGGAUCAAGGAAUCAUCAGCUUUUAGAGAGAUUCCUGUUGUCAUAAUGUCAUCAGAGAACAUCUUGACUAGAAUCGACAGUUGCUUGAAGGAAGGGGCUGAAGAAUUCUUAGUGAAGCCUGUGAAACUCUCUGAUGUGAAACGAUUGAAAGACUUCAUCAUGAAAGGAGAAAAUGGAGAGAAGAGAAUUGGUCUCAAGAGGAAGCUUGAUCUUGAUCAUGAUCAUGAUCAUGACCAACACCCCUUAUCGGCUCCGGCGCCGGAGGCUUUCGAUUGCCAAGGAUUUCUGCAACCAUCGCCGCCGUUGUCUCGGGCAUCGCCGAUCAGAUGUUCAUCGAAGAAACCCAGAUUACUCACUGGCGACCAAUCCAUAUAAUGGAAAAAAGAGUGGUUAAUUAUUAUUAUUAUUAAAAUUUUUUUUUUUUGGAUAUGAGUGUUGAUUCGUGUUGUUUGGGAACUGACAUCCCAUUUGAUAUUUCUGUUUUUGGUUCAUUGUGAAAGUAAAUUGAAGUUUGAAUGAACAUAGACAAAUUUUGGAGCAGCA